CAGGUUUAAAUCUUCGUCAGAAUUGUGAAAAGAUGAAUUUUUAUUUUCGGAUUUAAACAAUAUUUGAUACAGUGAAAAAUUAUUAAACGGAAAUUCUGUGCUUCCUGGUUAAUUGUAGAUGCUUAGAAAUGUCGGAAGGGUUUCGAUUUGUGAAGAUGGUCAGCAUUGUUUAAUUAAGAUGAAACAUCCGAGUGAGUAAAGAUAAAUUAUUGUAUGUCAUACGUGUAUUGAUGUAGGCGUAUGAAUCUAAAAUAAUAGGUCACAGUUAACGCAGUUCUUCUUUCGUCUUCUAUAUGGUUUAAAGAAGGAAACAUUAAAAUGAAUGCUGAAAGUGAAGAGAAUGACCUUCUGUUUCGGUUUUAAAAGAAACCAUCCGUGAUAAAUCAAAUCAGUGAAAGGAUAUCAAAUUUCAUUUCAUAUUUCCCUAGCUAUGGAAAGUUUUACAUUGUAUAUCGUUGCAACGAUUAUUCUACUGUUAUCCUGGAAGUUUUUACAGUGGAUGAAGAAUGACUUUUCAAAUAUUCCAGGUCCACAAGGUGUACCUUUUCUUGGGCCGUUAUUUUCGGUUAAUCUAGAGAGGUUGCAUCAUAGUUUUUACAAGUGGGCUUUGAAGUACGGUACAAUUUUCAAAAUCAGAAUGUGUGGAAACACUAUUGUUGUUUUGAAUGAUUUUGAUUUCGUUCGAAAAGUAUUUGCGGAUAAAGAAAACAAAGAUUUCGUUAAUGAUCGACCUGAAACUUUUGUUGGGAAGUUCGCAGUAUUUGAUACCUCAGACGUGGUUCUUUGUAGAGAAAACAAUGAAAAGUUUGUAACUUUGAAGGCUAUUAUACAAAAGUCGCUGAAACAUCAAUGUCAAUCUGGUAGUUUUCGUGAAACCUUUAACGCCGAAAUGGAAAGGCUAGACGCGAGUAUUGACGAAUUAUGUGGAGAAGAAAUUGAGUUAAAGCCAAUUCUACGUCAUUCUUUCGCGAAUUUUAUUUCCAUUUUACUGUCAGGAGAAGGUGUUGAUAAACAUUUAUGUGAACGUUUAUGGAAAUUCAACGACGAUGCAUUUUAUUUACUGGAAACAUCGAUUAAUUUAUUUCUUAUAACUUUUCCUAUAGCAAGAUAUAUUCCUGGUAAAGUUGGAUCAGUAUUCAAAGGUAUGAUGACUUCAAGGAAUGAGAUAAUUGAAGAAUAUUUUCAAAAAUGUAAAACAAAUGAAGAUGCAAACACUACACAUGGACUCGUCUAUGAGUUACUAGAGCGGCAAAGGGCUGUCAAUGGUGAAAAAGGACACACAUUGAUCAAGGAUGAAAACAUAAUGGGAAUCAUCCUUGAUUUUAUCGCUGCAGCUAUGAAGUCAAGCAGCUCAGCAACGUGUGCUUGCUUUUUGCUUCUUCUGAAUCAUCCUGAGCAUAUCUCUACCAUUCAAGAGGAAAUUGACGAAGUUAUCGGCAGAGACCGCGUUCCGGAAGAAGAUGACCAAUCCAAAAUGCCAUUCUGCAGAGCCUUUAUUUACGAGGUGUUUAGAUAUAUCUCAAACGGAAGUCUUGGACUGCCCCAUUUAGUCACAAAGGACAUACAAGUAGAUCAAUAUCGCUUCAGAAAAGAUGAUAUUUUACUAUCAAAUAUUUGGUUUAUUCAUCAUGAUCCACAUUUCUGGGAGAAUCCGUGGGAAUUCAACCCUGCACGGUUUCUCGGAAGCGACGGAACGUUGUUACCAGCCAGUCAUGCCAAGAUGAGGCGAAUUGCAACAUUCUCGGUUGGGAGACGAAUUUGUCCGGGAAAAGAUAUUGCACUUAACAGAAUAUUCCUAUAUUUGACAAACAUUCUUCAGAAAUUCGAUCUUCUACCUCCUGUGUCUUGUGCAAUUCCCAGUGCUGAUCCUCGGGGGUUUGUUCCUGGGCUUUUUCUAGACCCUGUACCGUUCUCUUGCAAACUGAUUAGAAGAAGAGAGGAUUAGAUAUCAUCAUCUUGGACAAGUUAGGACAAUGUUAUUUCUACAUAUUAUUCCAGCUUCAUAGCAAUCCUAAAAAGUAUAGCUACAGUACUGUUGAAAACAUAAACGAUUAUAAUAGAACAUGUGUUAUAAAUUGAAAGGACUUAUUUUAUUAGGAUGCAUUCCUAACCAUAAAAGCUUUGAAACGAUAACAAUUGCUAUUUACAAUUAAUAACAAUUUUAGAAAUGUCUGUUUUUGAAACGGGACCAAGCUUUAAAGCAGCAUGCUUCCAGAUUCAUGCGUAUUUUUCAUGACAUCUUUUAAAUUGUAUUAUUAUUAUCAAAGAAAUUAUUUACGCAUUGCAAACAACACUAAAAAUCCACGAACAUAUUACCAAAAAUAGGUCCGUAUAGGCAAAACAAUGCACUUACUGCCUAAGACAUGGUGAUAAAUAUAUCAAAUGCACAUCACAUGUAUAUUAUUACCUGAAUCUUGAAUAUUUUCACUUUUCUUAAAAUCUUAGUACAUUUUUCUCAAGUUAGAUUUUCUUGAAAUAGUAUGGUUAAUCAGGAUGCAUGCUGUUUUAAAUGUUAAUGACAAAGUAAAUACAAUUUAGAUACUUAAUAAUUUUAAUUCGAUGAAAGAAUAAUAACUUUUAUAUUCUUCUCGGCAGAGAAAAAUUUGUAAAAUUUCAUCAAUUGUUUUCACCCUCCAGACAAAUCUUUGAUAAUCUUAUUUUAAACAGUUUAAUAUAUACAUGUAUUCUUUAUUUAAGAAAAAAAAACACAACAAAACAACAACAACAACAAACGUAAGCUAUAGACGAACAACAUUGUAUACAGGAGAGCUGUUGAGCUACUUAAAUAUUUACGGUCUCGGUAUUAUAUAUAGCCUGACUUAUUUACAAUAAAAGUAUAACUUCAUUCGACACUUUUACAUGACAUUGAUAAUGCAAAUAUAUACCGACAGUUUCACGGAUAUUAAGUUUCUACUAUUUUAUCACGAUGUAUAUCAUAACGAUAAAUGAUAUGUAUAAAACUUUAGCUGAUAUUGUACUAUUAAACAGAAAUCUAUAUUUAAUAAAAAUGACAAAAGUGAAUAUACGUUUCAAAUAGCUAGCCCACCAUAGUUGCAGUCAUGUACCAGUGUAGAGAAGAUAUGAGCCGCGUCACGACAAA